ACUCGUCUCUGACAGGCGGCUCCGUCUGCGAUGACAACACUGUGCCACAGAAGCUGCUGAUUCUGGAUGCUCGCUCGUACACCGCCGCAGUGGCCAACAGAGCCAAGGGCGGAGGCUGUGAGUGUGAAGAGUACUACCCAAACUGCGAGGUCAUGUUCAUGGGAAUGGCCAACAUCCAUGCCAUCCGAAACAGCUUCCAGGCUCUGAGGACGGUCUGCAGCCAGAUCCCCGAUCCAGGAAACUGGCUGUCAGCACUCGAGAGCACCCGUUGGCUGCAGCACCUGUCCGUCAUGCUCAAAGCAGCCACUCUGGUGUGUUCGGCAGUGGAAAGGGAGGGGCGUCCUGUCCUGGUGCACUGUUCAGACGGGUGGGACCGUACUCCACAGAUCGUAGCCCUUGCCAAGAUCCUGCUGGACCCUUACUACAGGACACUAGAGGGUUUCCAGGUGCUCGUAGAGACCGAGUGGCUGGACUACGGUCAUAAGUUUGGGGACCGCUGUGGUCACCAGGAGAACGCGGACGACGUGAGCGAGCAGUGUCCCGUCUUCCUGCAGUGGCUGGACUGCGUUCACCAGCUGCUCAAACAGUUCCCCUGCCUGUUCGAGUUCAACGAGGCCUUCUUGGUCAAGUUGGUGCAGCACACGUACUCGUGUCUCUACGGCACCUUCCUGUGUAACAACGCUCGAGAGAGGGAGGCCAGGAACAUCUACAAACGCACAUGCUCGGUGUGGUCGCUGCUCCGGAGCGGAAACAAGAACUUUCAGAACUUCCUCUACAUCCCCACUCAUGAUAUGGUGCUUCAGCCAGUCUGCCACACUCGAGCAUUACAGCUGUGGACAUCAGUCUACCUGCCCACCUCCUCCCCCUGCACCGCUGUGGACGACUCCAUGGAGCUCUACCUCCCCCCAAAUGUCACAGGAGACGAACUCAACUACCGCUCCCUGGACAGACUUCCCAAGACGCGCUCCAUGGACAACCUGCUGUCAGCUUUAGAGAACGGGGUCCCCCUGACACGCACAUCCAGUGACCCCAAUCUCAACAAGCACUGCCAGGAGGGUCGCUCCGCCCCCAAUCCCUCACCAGCUGCAGAAGAAACCUCUGCAGACGUCUCUGAAGAGGCCGAACCUCAGGAGGGGCUAUACACCUGUGAGGUGGAACCUCCACAUCAGAGCCCGGCUAAGACCCCAGAGGAUGGUCCUGGUACUGAGAGCUGUGAAGAGGAACCAGAAGAGACCUGUCUCACUACACAGCCACUGCCCUCUCUGCCCCUUCCGCCUGUUCCUCUCAGUACAGACAUAACACUCGCUCACACUCCUUUCCCAGCUCCUGUACUCCAGCAGGCUGUGCUUCAGAUAACUAAUCCUCCACUACCACCACCUCCACCUCCACCUGAGGCUGAGAGCCCCUGUAGGACUGCAGAAAGCCCCACAUCACCCUCUCAUAAAUCAGAGCCGUGCUUACCUCUUCCCUGCAACGGCACACAACCUGCAGUCCUUGCACCCAGCUCGCUGCUCAACGGCCACACUGACAGCCUCUCAGAGUCUGCAGACCUGCUGGCUUUGAAGCAGCUCACACCACUCCUUCCCAUGGAGGACUCCACCGAGACUCUCACAGGAGAGGGAGAGCUUCCUCCUGUCCUGCCUCCCACAGUGAGCCAGGAUCUGACCCAGAAUCAUACGGAGGAGGAGGAGGAGCUGCCUGAGCCACAGCCACCGGUUGAGCUUAAGACGGAGAAGGAGAAAGAGGACAUGAGGGCAGAUGUAGUGAAAGGACGAGAGCGCAUGCUAACUGUCACCCCUGUAGAUUGCACCCAGGUUGCAGCUCGCCAUCUGAUCACGCAGAGCCAGCUGUCAGACCUGUCCCUGCUCGGCUCCCACUGGGAGAGUGUCCAGGGUUUGGUCCAGUCCGCCUGCAACAGUCACUCAGUCGUUGGCCGAGCCUUGCAAAACAACAGUUACCAGAGCCGGCGUCUUGCAAGUAAGCUGCUCCGCUCACAGGGCUUCUCACUCGCCAACGGGUCCCAAUGCUGCCGCAGAGAGGCUCUGUGUUGUCCCAGCAGCCCCCUGCAGCCUGCAUGGCUGUCUGCUGCCAGAACCACAGGCUACUCCGGCCUGUGCGGCCCCGCUGCUGCCGCCGCCGCCGCCCUUAGCGGCUACUCCCUGGCAGGCCAUCAGCUCCUUCCUGCUUCAUUUUCUUCCCCCUCAUCGUCCAGCUCCCCUCCCCCUCCCCAAGCCCCGUCUUACCUGGACGACGACGGGCUGCCGGUGCCCAUGGACGCCGUGCAGCAGAGACUGCGGCAGAUCGAGGCGGGCUACAAGCAGGAAGUGGAGGUGCUGAGGCAGCAGGUACGACAGCUGCAGAUGAGGCUGGAGAGUAAACAGUUCAGCACUCCUCCAUCAGAGCCAGACAUUGACUACGAGGACGACAUUACGUGUCUGCGUGAGUCAGACAACAGUAACGAGGAGGACUCUUUGUCCACCCACAGUGAGGACCGUCUGUCUGAGGGCAGCUGGGACAGAGUGGAGCCCAAAGACACAGAGGUCACGAGGUGGGUGCCCGACCACAUGGCCUCCCAUUGUUUCAACUGUGACUGUGAGUUCUGGAUAGCCAAGAGACGUCACCACUGCAGAAACUGUGGCAACGUUUUCUGUAAAGACUGUUGUCACCUGAAGCUGCCGAUCCCGGACCAGCAGCUGUACGACGCCGUGCUGGUCUGCAACACCUGCCACGACCUGCUGCUCGAGUCCCGCACCCGUGAGAUCCGCAGCCAGCAGCUCAAGAAGGCGAUCGCCACUGCCUCCAGCUGAGACGAGCGUGCUGCAGCUUGGCCCGCCUCGGCUCUGUCCUGCUCUACGGACUGACAAGCUGAGCGCCCUGUUGUGACCCUCAACUUGCUGUGGUUUUGGCUGUGGAGGGGGAAUGGGAGGCGGAGUUUUUACUCUGUUGGUGGCUCGACUUUGGAGAAGGAGACGCACUGUGAGAGCGUCUGAGAUAGGAGUGUCAGGGGGGAUGAAUCCCUUCAGAGAUAUUUUCAGCCUGCAGCGCUGCAGCGUCCGGCUGCCUCCACGCGACUCAGUCCUCUAUCGGUGCCCUGUCCCGAGACCACCUCCAACCUGUCCACCCCUGCAGAGUCACCCACUUUAAGCACCAAACACCUGCACCCUCCUCACAGACACCGUCUCGCACCUCAGAGGACAAUCGCUCACACUUUCGGCGUGUCGGGGGACUCCAAAGCCUUUCCCUGUACUACUGGAGGCUUUCAACUUUAAAAAGAAAAGAAAAUUGCUGCUACAGUAUUUAAAAGUCUAAUUUUGUAUUCUUAUUUUGUGCACUACUAGUUGUCGUGUGUUUUGAGGGAAUCUGAGACCAAACUUGAGCAAAAAGGGAGAAAUCUGCUGUUUACUUUGUCAUCGCGUCGUUUUUCUUGGAGCCUGAAUGUAAAAAUGUAACGGGGGUUAACUGGAUCGACUUUAUGUUCCUGUGCAUUUGAUUGGUCGUAUAUGUGUGUUCAUUGCUGCAAUGUGUUUUCAAAGAGUUCUAUAUAUAUGCACAGUCAGUGUGGUUCUGUCUCUAUCAAUGCUUUCCUGCAGUAUAGCCACGAUGCUACAUUCUGGGGGGGCUGUGUGCGGACAGAUGGAUGCGAUGCAGUGUGUUGUUUGUUUUGUGGGACGUGUGCUUGAUGUGUCAAGAGGAAGAGAAGCCGGGGGAUGCUGGGAGGCGUUCUGUUAAGUCUCCUUCUGAUCUGAGAAAAUGUGAAUUGAAGGUUCUGUGGUUGGUUUUUUGUUCCUGAAUGAGCGGCUCGUUGUCCUCCUGAAUGAUGAUGACUCCUCCUCAGAGUGUGAAGACUGAACUAAGUGCUCGGAGUUUCUCGUUCUGUUUCGGGGGCGUUUGGCCACAGUCCCCCCUCCCCCCCUUUAAAAAAAAAAAUCUGUGUUGGUGUCAGCUGGUUGUUCUUUGAGACAAUAGUGCCAUAUUCUGUUCUGUCUAUUUUAAAGCCUUUUUUCUUUCUUACAGACGGCAGCAGGUUUCUAAUUGGCCACUUCUCUUUGUGUUUGGAUGGUACGGAUAGUUAGCUGCUUAAUAACACUGAGAUGACAAAAGAUUUAACAGGAAGCUCAGACGGAUGAUCGGAACGUCACUAAAUUAGUCAAACUGUGUGUCUAAUAUUUGGGAUUUUUCCACACGGUCUUCAUGAAGUCAAAAUGUAUCAAAGGAAGUCAGACAUGUAACAUACAUAGUUAUCUGAUCCGUAGUGGUGGCUAAAACCUGUCACUUAAUGAAUAAUUGUUGUAAAGAAAUGCACUGUAAAAGUUAAAUCCCAUGGGUUAAAAUAAAAGAUUAUAUCAUG